AUCAAAAGACAAAAGACGGCAAAGCGACUUCACUCAGGACUUGUUGUUGCAAAGUAACGUUUAGUUUGUAGUUCGAGUGACACAAUCAAGCAAGAGUUCGAUUUUUCGUCAACAACUGGUCCAGUCUUGCUAAGAGUUAUCGUAGGCAUUUCCUUCCUUGAUUAUAAUUCUCCCAAUUUCCUUUCGGGAACAAUAUUUGUCAUGGAUCUGAAAGUUCCAUCAACUUUGGAUGAUCUGAUAUCUGCGUUGCACCAGGAGCUAUCUGGCACAUGUGCAGAUGUAGAGAGAGUUAAAUGGCUGAUGGAGAAAUACGAGGCUAAGCCUGAGGAGUAUGAACGAUUUUGCAAGUGGGAUCCACACAGGUACACUCGUACCCUGGUUGAUCGUGGCAAUGGCAAUUUCAAUUUGAUUGUAUUGUGCUGGGGAGAAGAUCAGGGCAGCUCCAUCCACAGUCACGCAGACUCCCACUGUUUCAUGAGAAUUUUGGAUGGGACCAUGCAGGAGACUGUUUUUGACUGGCCCAAUACGGAGAAAGAGUGUACGAGCGAGCAACUGGCGUCGUUGCAGAAGAGGGAGUGCAGAGAAUAUGCUGAAGGAAGCGUUGCGUAUAUCAAUGAUUCGAUGGGCAUCCACCGAGUGGAAAAUGCCAGUCACACAAGAAAAGCGAUUUCGCUCCACCUAUACUCACCACCUUUCGACAUGUGCAAAACAUUUGAUGAGCGAACCGGCCAUGAGCGUACGUGUCGGCUUACCUUCUGUAACUUCGCUGGUAGAACUGCGCCAAGCUGUAAACCUGAGCCCUGUCAAGAUGCAUGAUCGCCGUCAGCGUCAUGCCAGCUCUUGCUUUGCUAAAUGUAUAUACGAGUUUGCAGCAGCUGCUGCCUGCUAGCUGCUGUUGUACAGUGUAGUGUGCACACGCUGGCGUGUUGUAUACUUCAAUGCUGCGCAGCGAAUGAGGAUAAUGGCCAUCCACUCUGUGCGGCACAUCGACACAGCAAUAUCGUGUGCACGAUGGUAUCGACGUAUGGUCUGCCCCCGAGGCGCGCAUUGUUACAGUUUGCACCGUUUCAGUCCGCUUUAUUUUUGCCUCGGCCAGCAUGCCUCUGCAGCACUGCAAUGGGUUUGAGUGGUCAGCUGUGCUUGCCCCGCAGCCCAGCUGAGUUGAUACGGUCUAGUCCUGGUAAUAGCAAGUGUACGCCAAUGACAUAGAUCUGUAACAGUGCUAUUGAUGCUGGUAUCAUGCCAGUAUUUCACAAAUUUUUAUUCGUGUAUAUGACUGUGUUCCAGCACGUUUACUCCCGGUGCACUUGAAACCAGAUCCGGUAUUAUAUAAUGAUCAAUGCUUUCCCAAUUGCAAUGUAGGGUGAUGUCUCUGUUUUUUGUUUUUGUUUUUUUUCUAAUCCCGUCUCGUUAUUUUGUGCUGACCGUGGGUUUUAGCUCCACAGCGCACACCAAGUCAAGUGGUUGAGUACACGUGCACAUUUUCAGAAGCUAGCAACCGCUCUAGUUCCGCUUGUCAUCAUUAAUUUUUCUAAUUCUCCCCCAGGGAGCCUAACUAGCCCUACAUAUUGGCUGACCUUCAGCCUGCAUUGUGCCAUGUUCUGCUGCUUUUCCACAUUCCAGUACCCUGUUGAGCUGGCUCCUUCGGCCUCUCUGCCGUAGGUCAAUUUCAAACGUCGUUUUAGGGAACGUCAUCAGCACAUGUACAGUG